AUGCCCAUAAACUACGUGAACAUCUGCAUAGCACUUUAUAAUUAUGAAGCGCAAAAUGAAGAUGAACUUUCUUUUAAGGAGGAUGACGUUUUAUAUAUAUUAGACAACGAUGAUGAGGAAUGGUGGAAGGCUAAGUUAAAGAUUCCGAAAGAUGCAAACGGUGAAAACGACGAAGAGGGUCCCAUUGGCGUAAUACCUUGCAACUACGUGCAAGAGGCAGAAUGCUCCGCAGUAGUAAAAGCUCUUUACGAUUACGAGGCACAGACUGAGGAUGAACUUAAUUUCGCAGGAGACGAUAUUUUAUAUUUAUACGAGAAUGACGAUCCUGACUGGUACUUAGUGAAACAUAAUGACCAGUUUGGCUACGUUCCUGCGAAUUACUUAGAGGAGACUUCAUUAGAAGAGCAAGCAGUGGAAGAAGAGCAACAAUCUGAAGAAGGACAGUCUCCAACCGUUCCAGCGAAUAAGUCAGUCUCCCUAUUCCAAGCAUUGUCGAGCGCAGCUCAGCAGAAUUCUUAUGUAGAUCCAUUGAAACUAUAUGCUCAACAAGCUGGUCGUCAGAAAGACGAUUCCUCGGCAGUUAGCGUAAACACGUGGGCGGUUUUGGAACUCGACAAAAAGAAAAAGAAGAAAAAGAAGGGAAAGCUGGGUAUCGGUCAGGGGAAAGUAUUUUAUGCAAGCGAAUCAGAUAAAUCUGCACCAGUCCAACAAUGGGAUGUUACGGAUGUCACGGAUAUAAAAUCGGAUAAGAAACAUGUACACAUUACUUUUGGUGGAUCAAAAGCUGCAACAUUUAAUUUCCAAGCAGGCUCCAAGAGUGAUGCAGAAGCGAUAGUCCAGAAAGCAAAAGCUUGUCUAGCAACUGUAGAGCUGCCAACUGUCAAUCUAGACAGGGCUAGUAAAACAUCCAGCGUGGUUAUCUCACCAGGUUACUCUAAUCGCCAGUCGUAUGCUGAGGCUCAAGACGAAACUCAAAGUCAACAUGAGGAGUACGAGCAUGCAGAAGAUCAAUACCAGGAUGAUGAAGCAGAACAAGAGGCGGAGUACGAGGCACAACCGACAGUAGAAGAGGAUGAAGCAGACCGUGAACUAGAGGCAGCCACCAUACUUUAUAAUUUUAAUGCCGACGGUGAUGAUGAACUGACUGUUCGAGAAGGAGAAAGCGUUUGGGUCGUUGAUUCUUCUAGCACUGAAUGGUGGAAAUGUAGGAAUGAAAAUGGAGAAGAAGGAGUUGUACCUGCAUCUUACAUUGAAGAGGAAAGGGUACGUCGCGAGGAGGAAGAAUUAGCACGCCGCGAGGAAGAAGAGCGACAAAGAAAGGCUGUUGAGCGCCGUAGACUCGAAGAAAAACGAAAGAAAGAAGCAGAGAAGAAACGUCGCGAAGAGGAACGCCAGAAAGAAACAGCUCCCCCUGUGCUGACUAGCCGACCACCAGUUCGAACGAAGCAAGCAAGUGAGGAUAACGCGAAAAAGAUUCAAACUCCAACAAAUCGUGCAUUACCAGAUCGACCUGCACAAGCUCAGUCCAAAUCGAAACCAUUACCAUCAAAUACGCGGACAUGGACAGACAGAACAGGUGCCUUCAAAGUUGAAGCUCAAUUCCUUCGUUGUGUCGAUGGCAAGAUUCAUCUACACAAACUUAAUGGUGUGAAAAUCGCUGUACCAGUUGAUAAAAUGAGUAAAGAGGAUAUAGCAUAUAUUGAAGAGGCCACCGGCAAGAAGGUAGAAGACAAUAAUGACAACAUGCCGUUAGCGGCCAUUGCAGUAGCACAUAAAAGCAAAGAGUCUGCUAAAGACUACGACUGGUUUGAUUUCUUCCUUAAAGCCGAUGUCGCUUAUGAAGAUGCCUACAGAUAUGCUACCACUUUUUUCCAAGAGAAAUUGGACGAGAGUUCAAUACUUGAUUUGACUCGUGAACUCAUGAAAACACUCGGAGUGAGAGAAGGCGACAUUCUUAGGAUAAGGAAAUAUAUUGAUACUAAGCAUGGUCAAGAGCAGAAGAAAACAGUGACAUUUGCUGCAGACGUAAAGGAUGACGAACUAGAACAAAAAAAGCAGGAAGAAUUAGAUAAAGGAUUAGCUAUCAAGAUUCAGUCGGAGGAAUCAAAUCAAUCUCAAAAGUCAACGGAUUUCAAUAAAAUUAUGCAAAUAAAACGCGAUGAGCAGCUUGCCCGAGAACUUCAAGAAAAAGAAAACGAGAUUGCUCGCAGUCAAGGUAGAUCCAUACCAAAAGCUGCUGAUAUCUAUGGGGAUCUAGGGUCAAUAUUGCAAAAAGACGAUAAUAAAACUCCAAACCAGGGAGCGCCUUUACUAUUUGCAGGUGCUGAUGGAAUACUAAAGAACAACACUAAAAAGGCUCGUCCUCAACCGACAAAGUCGGCUCCUUUGCUUAUCGAUGCCAGUUCAUUUACUAGUGCUAAAGGUAGACUAGAUGAGGCCUUUAAGGCGCCACAGCCAAAGCCUAACGUGACUGGUGGUUUUGACGACGACUGGGCCCUUAUCAGGCAGAAUUCUGGAACGAGUCUUUCUUACAGUUCACAACCGAGCUUUGGUACGACACUUCAAACAUCACAACCUUCCUAUACUCAGCAAACAAAUUUGAGCACAAUGCAUGCAGGUACAUCAUCACCUCUGAAUCCUCAACAGUCAGCUCUUGUCCGACAGAAUUCUGGCAUGAGUCUUCCGUUUGCUUCACAACCGAACUUCGGCACGACAAAUUCUGCAAUGACUCCUUCAUUUAUUCCACAACAGCCGAUUAAUCCAUCAUUUGCACCCCGUCCCUCCCCAAUGUCUAUGAUGAAUAAUCCGGGCGGUAAUAUGUCAUAUAAUAACGGACUUGGUAAUUUUGGCGGCGGCGGCGUCUUGCAGCCUCGGCCGAGUGGAAGUGGAUUUGGACCUAGUUUUGGUCAAUUACCUCACCAAACUACUACUACCUCUGUUACUACUUAUACAGUCGUAUCAUCAAAUGCGCCAGGACAAUAUCCAUCUGCAGGGUUUAAUAACUACCCACAUACUGCCAACCAAUUCAACCCCAACAAUCAGCUGCAACCAGCUGCACAAUUGUAUCGUAUGCAAUCAUUGUCUUUGGUGUUUUGUUCGUUAUUUCAACUAUUUGAUUUUGAGGUUGCAGAUCCUAAUGAAGUUUCCACAGAGCUGUCCAUCAGGUCUUCAUCUGGAUCUCCCAUUUGUAUAGUGAAACAGCAUAUAUUAUAUAAUUAG